GGGCCACCCUCACACUAUAAAUACCUUCAAUUUUCUGCAAUACGACACCUUUCUUCUUCCUUAUCUCGGGAAAAUGGACUCGUCAAAUGAAGACCAGAUACAGCCACAUUUCAUCCAAAACGUCGUCGUUAUGCGACAUGGCGACAGGAUCGACAGCUUCGAGCCUCUGUGGCCGUCCACGGCGGCGCGUCCUUGGGAUCCUCCGCUGGUGGACGCCGGAAAGGUCCGGGCAUUCUACACGGGCCGCAAGUUUCGGAACCAGCUCGGGUUUCCGAUCCACCGGGUCUUCGUCUCCCCCUUCCUACGCUGCCUGCAAACCGCCUCCGAAGUGGUGUCUGCCCUCUGCGCCGUCGCUGAUCAACAUGAUGAUCCCAAUGACAUGUCCUCCCAUGGCGUCGAAAUCGAUCCCUCCAAAAUCAAGGCCUCAAUUGAAUAUGGAUUAUGUGAGAUGCUGAAUCCACGAGCCAUAAGACUUGACGUGGCUCCUGAAGAUGGUGAUUUCGGUUUUAAUAUCUUUCAGUGUGAAUCUGUAUUACCUGCUGGAACUAUUGAUCAUACUGUAGAACAAGUGUACAAGGAGAUGCCUCAAUGGCAAGAGACAGUGGAAGGUGCUAGGGCUAGAUAUCCAGAGGUUAUGAAGGCUCUUGCUGACAAAUAUCCUUCAGAGAACUUGUUAUUGGUGACACACGGAGAAGGAGUUGGAUCUGUAGUCUCUAGAUUCGUGCAGGAGGCCGAUAUGGUAUAUGAUGUUGCUUAUUGUGGAUAUUCACACUCAAAAAGACCAAUAUUUUUCAGUGAAAAUCAGUCUUUUACUGCUGGAGACUUUGUGGGUUCACACCAAGGCCAAGUUGGCAUAAAUUUUACCCAUCGCAAUACAGAAUCUAAUGAUCAUUUAGACAAACUAAAUUGAUGUACCCCUCAAUCAUUAUUUUUGGUAUUAGACUGCAGGUGUUGUUCUCGAUUUGCUGCCAUUGCAAAAGCUUUUGUUGGUUUUCUGAUGAAAAUAAAUGCUGAUUUGGUGGUUUAUCAUUGUCAUUGACAAAGUACUAGAAUGCUCUGUGACUGUUAUGAAAGUAAGUUCAGACUUCCAGAUUUUUUUUCUAGAAAAUAAUGGAAAAUGAUGUUUCAACUUUUUGUGCUGUGGGAUAUAAUUUUUAGUAUGAGAACAAUGUUCUGUCUUCA